AUGCAGCCUCAGGGAGUUAAGAAAUCUUACAAGCCUGCUCGACGCUCUCGUGUACCUCUAUCAUGUGAUCCCUGCCGUACUAGAAAACUGAAAUGCAACCGCGAACAGCCCUGCCAGAACUGUGUUACGCGCAAUGAAGCAAUCAACUGCAGAUACAGAGGUUCCAAAGUCGCCACCCCCCCGGUAUCCCAUCCACAGGACCAGGGCGAUCCCAUGCAGCAGAGGAUCGAUCACUUGGAGGAUUUGGUGAAGAGGCUGAUAACCCAACAACAAGAGCUUCCGGCAUAUGACUUAUCCCAAGGCUUGGAUACUAUUCCGCCCCGGACGGAGGCGAUGCCGACUCCGGUGGUGUCGGAAAUUCCCAGCGGACCAGGUUUAACCGGCAGUACGCCGCAUACAACCAUAAUUGAUGGCGUCCAUUCGGUGUAUAAAGGGUCGGAUGAUUGGCAUGACGUGCUGCGAGAGAUCAACGAGCUUAAGAAGGUCUGGGGCCAAACGCAAGACAGCCCAAUCGAUUAUGAUUCCCCCCCUAGCUUUUCAAACAUUGUGGAUGGAUCGAGCUUUCUUUUUGGGCACGUUAAGCCCAUGGAAAGAAUAGAGAUAUUAGCGACUUUCCCGCCGAAACCCGAAGUUGAUAAACUGAUCCGGCAAUUCUUCGAUCGGAAAACCUUGCCUAUAACUGUCCCGGCCAUUCUCCAUGAGCCCACUUUCAUGCGUGAGUACGCGGAACACUGGAAAGAGCCUUCCAAGACAAACAUCAUAUGGCUCGGCCUGCUGUUCUCUAUCCUCGGAAUUGUUAUGCUCUCCUACCACCAGUACGGUGAACCGCCCGAGUAUGAAGGCCUCUCAGAGUCCUUGUUCCAACUUUAUCGCCUCCGCACGGCACAUUGCCUGCUUACUGGUGAUAUCGCUAAAUGUUUGCCAUACACGUUGGAGACACUACGCUUCAACGCAACCGCUGAGCUUAACCGAAGGGACGAUAACAGCCGGGGUUUAUGGAUCAUGACAGGGGUCAUCGUUCGAGCAGCGAUCAAUAUGGGAUAUCAUCGGGACCCUGGCCAAUCAUCCUCCAUCACUCCCGUACAAGCCGAGUAUCGGCGGCGCGUCUGGUUAUCUAUCAUCAGCAUGGAUGACGUUGCCUCGUUUCUCGCGGGCUUCCCUCGGAUGUUCCCAGCGAUUUACUCAGAUACGCGAGAGCCACGCAAUCUUCAUGACUGGGAGUUGUCUGACGAAAGUCCCGUUCUUCCACCAUCGAGACCGCUCACGGAGCCUACUGAAACUACUUAUUUGAUUGUCAAGGGUCGCCUAUUCCGUGCUCUCGGUCGUGUCCCGGAUCUACAAAAUACCCCCAAUGCGACGUCUUAUCACACCGUCCUGGAAAUUGACAAGGCGCUGUAUAAUGCAUAUCAAGAUAUCCCACCCCACAUGAAAGUUCUGGAUGCAAGUGGUAAUCUUAUUCCCUUCACCAGCAAAUCCGACUUUUCGAACUUACAACUGGAGUCGAUGUAUCAUUACGGGAUGUGUACCCUACACCGGCAAUUCAUUGCCAAGGGCCGAAUCGACCCGCAAUUCAAUCUUUCCCAAUCUCGAUGUAUUUCGUCAGCUUUAACCUUGCUUGGUUUCCAACAUGCUGUAGACCCAUCCUGGUACAAAUUCCCACAGACCAGAAGAAUGUUAACACUUGCCGGGAUGCUACUCUUUCUAGAGUUGGAAUAUAGACGGAGAGAUCACGAUCCCGAACUAUCCCCUGCCAGUGGCAUACUGCUACAGACCCUAGAGAAGUCCUGUGGUCUCUGGGCGGACGCGCAAACCUCAUGUGAUGAGGCUCGGGAAGUCUAUCAAAUUCUCUCUGGCAUGCUCUCGACUUUUCGUCCUCUUUCUGCAACUAGCUCCUCUGAAGCCCAGAGUCCAAGAUCACACUUUGAUCCUAGCCCACCUUUCCAAUGGAUGAGUGGCAAUCUAUCCCUAGAAAAAGACCUUUUUGCCAUGUCCAAUGACAUGGAUAUUGACUGGACCACAUGGGAUGCGUUGAUCGAGCGGGCUAGCUUCCUCCCAGAAGGUAAAGAGGUUGCGGGGAUGGUUGAUAUUAGCGUUCAAGGGAGGCCUGGAGACGCGACAAUCCUUCAGCGUGACGACCAUGGACUAGCGUGGCCAACUAUCAACUAA